CUUCAGCGCUGCAUUGGUAGCGUGAGUCUAACCGCAAGCAGCACACACAAACAAACAUAUAUGGAAGUACAGAGGGCUACCGGGCUCCAGCAGACAAAGAGCGGCAGCAUGGGUGAGUCGACGCCGAGGUCCUGCGAGCCUCGGCGGAAGAGAGCCGAUGAGCGUGGAGCACCCUCGGAGAUGUCCCGGAUUAUCACUGACCCGGCCACCGGCAAGUGCUACUGUCGGGGCAAAGUUCUGGGAAAGGGAGGCUUUGCCAAAUGCUAUGAGAUGACUGACCUCUCCACUAGCAAAGUUUACGCAGCUAAAAUCAUCCCUCAUGCCCGCGUCUCCAAACCUCACCAACGGGAGAAGAUUGACAGAGAAAUCGAGCUGCACAGAGCACUGCAUCACAAGCACAUAGUCCACUUUUAUCAACAUUUUGAGGACAAGGAGAACAUCUACAUCCUGCUGGAGUACUGCAGCAGAAAAUCCUUAGCACACAUCUUGAAGGCUCGAAAGGUGCUCACUGAGCCAGAGGUCCGCUACUACCUACGGCAGAUUGUCUCAGGACUAAAGUACCUGCACGAGCAAGAGAUCCUGCACAGGGACCUGAAACUUGGUAAUUUUUUUGUAAGCGAGUCGAUGGAGCUGAAGGUCGGCGACUUUGGUUUGGCUGCCAAACUGGAGCCGGCAGGGAACAGGAGGAAGACGAUCUGUGGGACUCCCAACUAUCUUUCCCCUGAGGUGCUGAACAAGCAGGGUCAUGGCUGUGAAUCAGACAUCUGGGCUCUCGGCUGUGUAAUGUACACAAUGCUUUUGGGCAGACCACCGUUCGAAACCACCAACCUGAAAGAGACGUACCGGUGCAUUCGGGACGCUCGCUACUCGCUACCCUCCUCGCUCUCGCCACAGGCCAAGCAGUUAAUUGCCAGCUUGCUUGCCAAAAUCCCCGAGGAGAGACCCAACCUGGACCACAUCUUGAGACAUGACUUCUUCACGCAGGGCUUCAGUCCAGAGCGUUUGUCGGCGAGCUGUUGUCACUCAGCGCCUGACUUCCACGUGUCGAGUCCCGCUAAGAGCUUCUUCAAGAAAGCAGCCGCGGCGCUCUUUGGAGGACGACGGGAUAAAGUCAAAUACUAUGAGACUCUGAAUAAGUUAACCAAAGAGGAAGAGGAGAUUUAUGAACUGCAGCACGACCUGGAGCGAACUGUCAUCAGCCAGCAGCAGCAGAGCAAAAACAUAGCAGAGAAUGGAAGUCUUCUUCCGCCAUCUGCCCAAAGCCCCGUCACCCUGGCAACAGAGAGCCGGUCCCCGACGACAGCAACGACGCGGGAUCCCAUCCGUCUGAUUGUCAGGGGGAGUCUGGGGAGCUGCAGCAGCAGUAGCGAGUGUCUGGAAUACAACACCACAGGAAGCGUUGCCGACACUGUUGCCAGUGUGUUGAGGGGAUGCCUGGAAAACAUGCCGAAAGCCGACAGCAUUCCACAGGGCGCAAACAGCUGCAUCCUCCAGUGGGUGACCAAGUGGGUGGACUACUCUAACAAGUACGGCUUUGGAUACCAGUUGUCCGAUCACACCGUGGGCGUCCUCUUCAACAAUGGCACUCACAUGAGCCUCCUGCCAGACAGAAAGACCAUCCACUAUUAUGCAGAGUUGGGCCAGCGCUCUGUCUUCCCCACCUGCAAGGUUCCGGGACACUUUGUGGGCCAAGUGACUGUGCUCAAAUACUUCUCCCACUACAUGGAGGAAAACCUGAUGGAUGGCGGGGACCUGGGCACGCUGACGGAUGAUGCACACAUGCCAAGGCUCUAUUUGCUGCAAUGGCUCAAAUCGGACCGCGCCCUCAUGAUGCUUUUUAACGACGGCACUUUCCAGGUCAACUUUUACCACGACCACACAAAGAUCAUCCUGUGCUGCCAGAGGGACGAGUACAUGCUGACCUACAUCAACGAAGAUCGUGUGUCCAAAACCUUCAAGGUCAGCUCCUUGCUGGCGUCCGGCUGCCCUGCGGACCUGCGUGAGCGUAUGGUCUACUCCCUCAACAUGCUGCUGCAGCGUUGCAGCUGAGGACACUAUCUAUAUCUCUAAUCUAUCUAUCACGGAUCUGUGCAAGUGGAGUUUUUGGCGGGGACGAGAGAGCCUGUGUGCUAAGUCAUGUAGCAUUGCUGUGACUGUUCUGGAGAAGAAAGGACAGACUGGAUGAAGAGAAGAUGCUGGAGGAGAGAGAGGACUAUUGGACCAGGGAUGUUGGUACGAUCCAGCGAGGAUGUUUUUGGAAAGACGAAAGCUGGGCUGGCACCAGCUUACUGGAUGAUGUUGAAAAAAAAAAUGUGUGAGACUGUGUCAAUAUUGUAAAUGAUGUACAGCGUAAGCCAUCAUGCACAAACACCAUGUGCUUGUGUGUGUGGAUGGGCUGGGGUUCAACGGUUUUUAAAAAGACAGAAAUAUGUGUGACAGUGGGAGGUUUGUAAUAUCACACUAGCUUUUACAAGCUGUGAUUUCUUCUCUUUCAUGACGUUGUCAUCCUGGUAGAAAAUGUCCACUCAUAACUUAUUGUGUACAGAAAACCGCAAUAUUUAUUUAUUUAAUAAUAAAGUGCAUUUUGCAAAAUA